CUUUACCCCUUCUGCCCCAUCUCGUUGCCGACCGACUCUGUGGAUCUUCUUUCUCCUUGCGCGAGCGCCGCCACCCAUCCAGCUGCCGAGCGCCCGAGCCCCCUAGCUCGUCUUCCUCCUCGCGCGAGCGCCUCCACCGCAGGUUGAUCUCCCCUUCGAUUCUCUCGCUCCCGACCGUUUCUCCUCACAUCACCCCACGAACGGAUUCCGCCCUUUAGCUCCCCAUUUCAUAAUCUUCCCCAAUUCGUAACUGAGGCAAAAAUCAAGGUAGGGCGGGACUGGGUCAUCCGCCCUUGCUCAGGCGACUACCUCCUCCCCCGCCGUGCAGGCUAUACUCGACCAACUCCUACUCGGGCCACCUGUGGUGUCACUGAAUCAGGGGUUUUGGCCAUGGACUACAGCAACGCCAUCCAUAUCAUCCCGGAUGCCGCCGGUCCCGAGGCCUGGGUCAACUCGGCAGUGCUUCCUGGCGGGGACUCCGGGAUUUGGGCCACCGAGGAUGACUACAGCCAGUGGAACGCUGAGCCAGGGCUGACUGGGGGCGGAUACGGCGGCGACAGGAACUCAUCACAGCCACAGUCGAGGUCUGGCAGCGAGCAGCCACCGCCAGGCAAGAAGCCCCGUGGCGGGCCGUCAGGCGGUGGUGGGGGAGACGCGGGCAGCAUGAGCAAGUCACGGGCGAUCGGGAAGAUGUUCUUCAAGACCAAGCUCUGCUGCAAGUUCCGGGCAGGGACUUGCCCCUACGUGACCAACUGCAACUUCGCCCAUGGGAUGGAGGAGCUCCGCAAGCCACCGCCCAACUGGCAAGAGAUCGUGGCGGCGCACGAGGAGGCGACGGAGCAGAGGGAGGAGCACCAGAUCCCAAUCAUGACGUCGUCCAGCGUGGCGCCCAGUGAAAGCGUGUCCGGCAGGGCAUACAAGGGCAGGCACUGCAAGAAGUUCUACACCGAGGAGGGGUGCCCCUAUGGCGACGCGUGCACGUUCUUGCACGACGAGCAGUCCAAGGCGCGGGAGAGCGUGGCGAUUAGCCUGUCGCCGUCGGUUGGCGGUGGCAGCUACAACUCUCCCACCGCUGCUGCGAAUGGACCUACCAUUCUGAAGCCGUCGAACUGGAAGACGAGGAUCUGUAACAAGUGGGAGAUGACUGGAUACUGCCCCUUUGGUAGCAAGUGCCACUUUGCUCAUGGAGCUGCUGAACUCCACAAGUAUGGUGGGGGACUUGUCGAUGUUGAGGGCAGGGACAUUGCAUCGACUCCGGACUCGAAGCAGGCUGCGUUGUCCGCAAAAGCUCCAGCUGAGACCACCCCUGCAUCCACCGCUGCGCCCCCUCACUCAGACGUGUACCAUCUAGGCAUCCAGUCACAGCGUUCCACCAUGACCAGCCAAAGGUCGGGGCAGCUACCAAGGCCUAUCCAGAAGUGGAAAGGCCCGGACAAGAUCAGCAGGAUCUAUGGCGACUGGAUAGACGAAACCGACUAGGAGGAGCACCAGUGUUUCUCGUCGCCUUACCCAGUUAAUAAGUUUUAGUUGGCAUUGCAAAAAAACCUGUUGCCAGAAGUGUCUGUUGUGGUACCGGAAAAAAAAUCUGUGUUUCCGUGACUUCAGCUAUCUCUGCUGUAUGCAUUGUUGAGAAGAGUUCUGGAUAUCUGAAACUAGCUGAAGCAUAUUACCGUGCCAUGCUGGCAUGUUUCUCUUUCUUUCUCUCCCACCUUUGAAGUCUGAAGUUUUUACUUUAGGGGCUUUGAAGUCUCAAAUUCUAGUUUUCUAAAUUCGAACUGUGCUGCGAUCUGUUGCGUGUUGUGCUUUGCUGGCGCAGGUUCUCGAGGUCGGGUGUGGCAACUCGCGGCUCGGGGAGGAGCUCCUGUGGGCGGGCGUUGCCUGCGGCGUCACCUGCAUCGACCUCUCGACUGUUGCUGUCCAGAGAAUGUGCGACAGCCUGGCAGAGCUGGGCACAAGUGGUGUGGUUGUGAUGGUGGCGGACAUGCUUGACCUGCCGUUUGAUAGCGAGAGCUUCGAUCUCCGAGAAAGAGACCAUG